AUGGAUUCUUUUGCUAUUACGGAGGGGCUUGUGCAUGAGCAAGAUGCCCCAGAAUCAGUUCCCACAAAGCUAUCUGAAGAAACAAACAAAUUCCAGCGUGCUAUUGCAGCUUGGCGAGGUAUUGACUUGGCUAGCACCAUCGCUAAACUUGAUAAAUCUGCCUCUGAUAUUGUUGACCAUCAACGCGACGCUCUUGUCCAGAGAAAGGAACUCGCCCAGAAGACCAAGGAUUUUCGCAAGCUAGAUGAUGAUGCCAAACUCACAGAUUACAAGGGACUAUUGAAAGCCUACCAAUCCUUCAUCGACCUUUUGACCAACCAAGGGAAAGCAUCCUCCUCCUCUUUCCUACAACUAUACUCGUCCUUAUCCGAAGCACCCGACCCCUAUCCACUUCUUGAAGCUUCGAUUGAUUCCCUAGUAUUGUCAGAAGACACUGUUCCAAAGUUGACCUCGGAGCGAGAUCAAUUACAGAAGUCUGUGGAGCGCCUCACGAGGCAGCAGGAGGAAACAGAGAAGCGUCUGCAGGAAGAACGCGCUGCAAGAAAAAAACUAGAACAGAAUCUGGAAAAUCGGGCCAAGGAGAUUGAGGCGUCGUGGGAGGCGGUCUUGGCGGAAAAGACAAUUAACUGGGCAGCGAAAGAGAAGAGCUUGGAGGAGAAAGUAGAGAAUCAGGAGCGUCUGUUAAAGGAGCUCAAGGCAAGCUAUGAGGUCUCUCAGCGCAUGGGUGGGGACGAUGACAAUGAUGAUGGCCGUAGUACUGCUACUGCCGCAGAGCUGGAACUUGUUACAGCCGAUUUGGAGAAGACCAGCUUAAGGCUAGGGGAACUGGAAGCGCGGAAUGAGCAGUUGCGGGUAGAAUUGGCACAGGCAGUAUCACAUUCGAAUCCUGAUCAGUCGGCCUCUGUUGAAGAGGACCCGGCUUACCUUCGUCUUCAGUCGGAGAAUCAUGUUUUGCUACGGAAGCUAGACGCAGCACGCUUUGACAAGGAUUCGACGCGGCAUACCUGGGAGGCCAAGCUUCUUCAAUCCGAGAGGAGUUCUGCUAAAUCUGCAGCUGAGAGGGACGAGCUGCGCUCGCGCCUCGAGAAAGUUGCUGACUACGAUGAUAUCCGUCGCGAACUAGAGAUGAUCAAAUCGAUUGAAUUUGCUACAGGGGAUGAUGAUGAAGUUGGCGAAGGUGCAGCUGAGGAUGGUGCUAUGGGCACCAAUGGCACAAACUCGAAUGGAAAGAACUCUUUGGAACAACUUCUCCUGGCUCGAAACAAGAAGUUGACUGAUGAACUUGCCGUCUUGCGAGUAUCAACGCGUGACGUUCAAUCCCAAAUUGAAUCGCUACGCAGUGAGCUUUCCACAACUAAACAAGAAUUGGAAAAAUCACGAGCCUUGUCUACAACUUUAGAAAACGAUAUCAGUCGUGUGCAGCAAGAGGCUGCCAAUGCGUUCCCAUCCUCAGCAAUGUCUGUUGCGGGAACCUACUCUUCCAGGUAUCCGCACUCAUCACGUCGGGGUGCAACAUCCCCCACCUCUUCGAUAAUCUCUGGCUUUGAUCAAGGCGCCGCUUCUGCCAAUACCAUGGAUGCCAUCCGUGCUGGCGAGGCAGUUGGUGGUGGUUCUGGCCUUCUGCCCAUGAUCCAAGCUCAGCGAGAUCGCUUCAAGAAGAAGAAUGCAGAGCUUGAAGAGGAGCUAUCAAAUCUGUACGGGACCGUCAAGUCACUCCGCCAGGAAAUCGCAUCACUGCAAAAGGAUAACUUGGGUCUUUAUGAGAAGACCCGGUACGUGUCAACAUACAGUCGUGGCCAGGGCGCAUCCACGUCUGCAUCCUCGUAUGCAAAUGCGCCCAACUCGACAUCUGUCUACGCGUCUGCCGAUUCAUCAUCGGGACUUUCCCUCGAUCGGUACCAAUCGGCUUAUGAAGCUCGAAUCUCACCCUUUGCAGCCUUCCGUGGCCGUGAAUCGGCGCGCGCAUACAAACGCAUGAACCUCCCAGAGCGGAUAGUGUUCUCCCUCACUCGCAUCAUUAUGGCAAAUCGAACCAGUCGAAACUUGUUCGCAGGCUACUGCUUUGCCUUGCACUUGCUACUGUUCGUGAUGCUUUAUAUCAUGAGCACAACGGAGAUCGAACAGCAUAGCGCCAUGAGUGUUGUCGGCAGUGCGGCGGCAGCUGCCUACCAGGCAAAUGGCGGCAGUGGCAGUGGCCAAAUACGUGCCGGUGAUUGGCAGGAGGAAGGAUUCAAUCAAGCAAGCUGA